AUGGGUAAAAAAGAAUCGUUGCGGAGUAAAGCAGUUCAUCUUGUUUCGGAUCUCACCACUGUUCUUCUCAACCCUAUUUCUGACCAUAACAAACCCUCUCUUCCUCUUUCUGAAGAAGAAGAGGAUGAUGGUGAGUUGAAGGGAAGUGAGUCAGAGGUUGAAGGACCUGAUACGUCUUCGUUUACUGCGUUUCUUUAUUCGUUUUUGUCGUCGUCCGAUUCUGGAGAUAAUAGUGUAAUUGAUGAUGUGAGUGUGGCUGAAAAUGAUGACCUAGUGAAUGAGAAUUUGGUUGUUAAGAAGGGUUUCUUAUCUAGAGGUAGACAAUCACUUGGUAAGGCUAUUUAUCUAGCUGCUGCUAAAAUGGGUGGAUUUCGGAAUCAGGAGCGUGGGAGGGAUGGUUUUGAAAGUGAUGGGUGUGGUGUUGAGAUGAAACGAAUUCAGCCGGUGAAAGAGGUUCCUGGUGUGCCUUUGGUUGAUUGUUUGCUGGAUGUUUCGGAACCUUCGAUGUUGAUUUCGAGUAGUUUGAGGAAUGUGGUUUAUGAUUCGCUUCCGUCUCUUAUUCAUGGGAGGAAAUGGUUAAUGAUGUACAGCACAUGGAAACAUGGGAUAUCACUUUCAACUCUUUACCGGAGAAGCAUGCUUUGGCCUGGACCGAGUUUGCUGGUUGUUGGAGACCGGAAAGGAGCAGUAUUUGGUAGCUUAGUUGAAGCACCCCUUCGACCAUCCAACAAGAGAAAAUACCAGGGAACAAACAGUACAUUUGUUUUCACAAAUAUCUCUGGUCAUCCCGUUGUAUAUCGCCCAACAGGAGUAAACCGUUACUUCACACUUUGCACCACUGACUUUCUAGCUUUUGGCGGGGGAGGUCAUUUUGCGCUUUAUUUGGACGGUGAUCUAUUGAAUGGGUCGAGUUCCGUCUCUGAAACUUACAACAAUCCUUGCUUAGCACAUUCUCCAGAAUUUCAAGUGAAAGAUGUAGAGUUGUGGGGCUUUGUAUAUCCUUCAAAAUAUGAGGAAAUAGUGAAACUGAGCAGAACAGAGGCACCUGGGAUCUGUCGCUGGUAA